AUGUCGCUCGUCACUUGUUUGCGUUUACUUUUGCUGGGCUCAGUUAUCAUUUCGAGCACAGAGGGGCUGUGCUUCACUUCUCGGCAUAUCGUCUGCCUUGAUAGCAAGAAGACAACCGUGUGCCAGCACUCGUGUCUGCGGAUUGGAGGAGGUAACGGAGGUACGGAUGAUUUGAACGCAUGGGACGUAGCCCUUGAAGUUGCAAAGGAGAUUGUCGAGAAGUGCAGAGAUCAACUCACGAAUGCCAUCAUGCAGCAGAAUCAGAGCGACAUUCUUAAGUUUGAUAUUAUGGCAAGGCAAAGCGAAUAUAAUCUGAAUCGUUUAUACGCAAUGAGGGAGCAAAGUCAGGCUAAAAGCACAGGCGACGAGAUCAAGGCCGCAAGGGCUCGUCAGCGAGUCGCGGAAGCAAAGCUAGGCUUGACGUUGUGUACGAGGGAGGCAGAGCUUCGGGAGGCUGAAAGCACAGGCGACGAGAUCAAGGCCGCAAGGGCUCGUCAGCGAGUCGCGGAGGCAGAGCUUCGGGAGGCUGAAAGCACAGACGACGAGAUCAAGGCCGCAAGGGCUCGUCAGCGAGUCGCGGAAGCAAAGCUAGGCUUGACGUUGUGUACGAGGGAGGCAGAGCUUCGGGAGGCUGAAAGCACAGGCGACGAGAUCAAGGCCGCAAGGGCUCGUCAGCGAGUCGCGGAGGCAGAGCUUCGGGAGGCUGAAAGCACAGACGACGAGAUCAAGGCCGCAAGGGCUCGUCAGCGAGUCGCGGAGGCAGAGCUUCGGGAGGCUGGAAGCACAGACGACGAGAUCAGGCCCGCAAGGGCUUCGUCAGCGAGUCGCGGAAGCAAAGCUAGGCUUGACGUUGUGGCUCGUCAGCGAGUCGCGGAAGCAAAGCUAGGCUUGACGUUGUGUACGAGGGAGGCAGAGCUUCGGGAGGCUGAAAGCACAGGCGACGAGAUCAAGGCCGCAAGGGCUCGUCAGCAAGUCGCGGAGGCAGAGCUUCGGGAGGCUGAAAGCACAGGCGACGAGAUCAAGGCCGCAAGGGCUCGCGACAAGCUACAGGAAGCAGGUCUAGAAUUAUCGGUAGCAAUUGCGCAGAAAGAGCUGAAGGAAGCAAGUAAGGACGACGUUGAUCGCUAUCAGAGGCAACUCGACUUCAGCCUGUAUGCUCUCAAAACACAUCGAAUGUACAGCGGGACAGAAAAUUUCUUUACGGCUAUUCAAGACCUUGCCAACCAAGUCGACAUGCAUGAGGUCAUAUCGUCCUUGAGGCGAUACCUUGCCAGAUUUCUUGACCGGCAAAGAAGCUUGGAAUCAUCAGCGGGGGAAGCCAGCAGGCUUUUCAGCAUAUUGAACCCAAUCAACACACUGGUACAGGAUGCAAAUGACGUAACAGCUACCACUCACUUGUGCGUGAUUGAAGCUUGUUCUGGCAGUGGGAAGUCGUUGUGUGCUGCUGAUUUCUUUGUGCGAAAUUCAGACCAGUGUAUUUAUUUUCUCUUCAACCCUUCGAAGAAAGAAAACAAGCAGAACUUGUACCAAAACGUGUCAAGCAUCACAAACUUGAUGGGCUUGGCCAUGAACUGCGACCUUAUCUCGUUGAUUCGGUCUACAACUCCUACAUUGAGUACUGAACUUCUUGGAGUAUUAGAUUUUGAUUUGAAAGAAAGUGAAAGGAAGUGGUAUUUGUUGGGAGCUCUUGGCUACUUGUGGAAGGAGACGACUACCGUUGCCCCUGUCUCUGUCAAGGAAGCGAUGAACUGGAAACAGCGAUGGGUUCUGAUGGAUGAGACCAUUCCUCCUGAGCAGGACUUCGCAGCGAUCGCCAAGCUGGUGCUCGUCAAGAGGGUGUUGACAAACGCAAACAUUCACUGCAUUAUGUUGGGGACGAACACUUUGGUCAUGAAUAUCGAUAAGAUUCCAAGGAGCUCCGAGUACAGUCGCGAUGAAGAUCGAACAAUGGUAUGCUUAACUCAUCGCUCUCUACCUAGGUACAUCUUGCCGUCGAGCAAGGACGAAGAGCUGUUGAAGAAGUUUUUCGGAGAGUCACGGGUCUCUCAACUGUUGGACAACGUCAACCCAUGGCUCUGCUCGCUUUUCUUGACUAAUUUGAGGCGAUUCCCCGAAAUCAAAAAUCCAUCCAGUUUGAUUCGAAACAUCUCCAGAGCGGUCCUGCUUAGGGUAAAGCGCGACAAAAGGAGCCUGAAGGACGAAUCUAUCUACUGCAUGUUUCAGAUUUCUGCGCAUGAACCUGUCUCUCAGUUGCACAUCUCCAAGGGGUUUGCUCAGCUAAAUGUGUGGGACAGCAAUUUGCCACGGCGGGGCAGUAAAGAAUCUAUGCCUGAAAUGACUAGAUUAGAAAACGAGGUGGAAUUGAGAAUCCAUGACACUCCUCUUCCAGAACUGACCGCGUCUUUCCCACCUGCUGUGCAAGAUCCCAUCACCGUGGCUGUUUGUGCUGGGGGAGGACGGCCUUUCGGCCAAAGAUCAGCGCUUCAGGUCUUGCAGGGCAUCCACAAGCAGAAGGCAGUUUGGAGUAAUCCCAUCCAUGUGGAUGCGUACAAGCGAGAUGCGAACGAGUUAGAGUCAUUUGGUGCAGUUGUCCUGAUGAUCAGCAGCUGGUCUCCCUGUGAGGACCUUCUGAAGAAUAUCGCUUAUCACUGCGGCUUUCCAGAAGACCAGCCAAGUGUAGGUGAGAUUCUUGCUUCUGUCAGAAACAAGAAAUGCUUCAUGCGAAUCCUCAAAUCCUGCGUAUCCAACUUAGCUCCUGUACGAUGGAGUGAGCGGAGAGACGCAGCUUCGCCGUUCAUGGGCUACUACAUCUGCAACCAGGACAGACAGAAAAGGGACGGUACCUUUACAGGACCAACCUCUGCAAGCAAGAAAUCAUUGAUGGGAGGAGCGGAGUACAAGAAUUGGAAUUCUGCACUUACCCCUGAACAGUUGUCAAAGGUGCUCUCUAAACUGUUGAAGCAGGAUCUGGAUGUUAAUGUGUGCAUGGUUCUGGAGAUAUCAAUCAAUGUGACAGAGAGCAAUCUGAAAGGAAUCAUCAAGAAUACUGGCAUUCAAUGCAAGACUGAGUGGCUUGUAUUGCAUCUCAAAGGUGAAGGCUGGAGAUCCUUUUCAUUUCAGAUUGAUGCAUUUGAUGAUAAUCAGACGAUGAAAAGAGACGAAGAAUGCGUUCAAGAGCAAGCAGGGGUUGAUCUGGAGCUUGAGCCUGUCAAACGAAAAGUGCUGAUGAUCAUUGAGAUUGGAAUAAAAACUCAACCCUUCUGCGGUAAAGGAAGAUAUGAUCAGUGCCCCAAACGGAAGAAGCGAAGAGAUCAACGUGGAAAGAAGGAAGGAAAGCGUAUCAGAACCAACAAAGAAAUGAAAAGGAAUUGUCGACAAGCAAAGAAAGUGCGCAGGAAUGCUGUGGAGCAAGAGCUGCAGCUGGACAAGGACGGCAACGUCUUCGGCAAGAAGAUUAUCUCGUUCGACAGGAGCAGCGCACGGCAGCAAGGACUGAGGUGUGAGCUCGACCUGGUGAUGACCCGCAAACUGGGAGACGACAAGAGCAUAUGCUGCGAGAUGCCGAAGCAGGUGCUGCAAUGCCAACCUCCAGGCUUCUGGAUGGAAGGAAGAGUGUGA